UCCAAGGUGGACCUAGUUGUACCCUCCUUCAACUUCUGCAUCAUCGAUGAGGUUGAUUCCAUUCUCAUAGACGAGGCCCGCACGCCGCUCAUCAUAUCAGGGCCGGCAGAGAAGCCCAGCGAGCGCUACCUCGUUGCUGCGAAGAUCGCCGCUGCUUUUGAACGAGACGUGCACUUCACGGCCCGCACGCUGCUCAUCAUAACGGGGCCGGAGGAGAAGCCCAGCGAGCGCUACCUCGUUGCUGCCAAGAUCGCUGCAGCCUUUGCGAGGGACACGCAUUACACGAUCAGGCAAACCGAGAAGCUGUACAGCUGUCCGCCUUCCUUCCUCCCCCUCCUCCGUGCCUUCCCCACCUUCCGUCCCUGUCUAACCAUCCCGCUCAGGUGGACGAGAAGCAGAAAUGGUGCUGCUGGCAGACACAGGCUACGAUGGGUCAGAUCAGAGCUGGUGCUUAAAUUGACCCAUCUUUACAAUGCAAGCCAAGGAGCAGUCAAUGCAGUCAAACCCCUCCCUGCUUGCACUCUCAGUCUGUCAAUGUCUGCCCGUCCCACUCAGGUGGACGAGAAGCACAAGGUGGUGCUGUUAACAGAGAUAGGGUACGAAGAAGCAGAGCUGGUGCUCAAAGUGACCGACCUGUACGACCCCAAGCAAGCAACAGUGGGCGUCCUUCCUCUAUCAACACAGUCCAACCCAUCCUUGCUUGCGCUCCCUGUAUGCCACUACAUGUCUGCCCGUCCCACUCAGGUGGACGAGAAGCACAAGGUGCCUCCUCUCUCUGCGUCCUCUCCUUCCCUACCUGCGUGCCGGCCUGUGCUGUCUGCCUUCCGCCUGCCUUCCCUGUCGGUCCUCCCUUCUUUGCCCGACACAGGUGACGAGAAGCAGAAGGUGGUUCUCUUAACAGAGAUAGGGUACGAGGAAGCAGAGCUAGUGCUCAAAGUGACGGAUCUGUACGACCCCAAGGAGCAGUGGGCGUCCUUCCUCCUCAACGCCAUUAAAGCCAAGGAGCUCUUCACCAAGGACUACCCCAAGCUGUGUGGCAUGACUGGCACGGCAGCCACAGAGGCAGACGAGUUUGGUCACAAACACCCUAAACUCUUAGCCCGUUCAUCAUCCACCCACCCUGUGCCAUGCCCUGUUUGUCUAUCUGCUCUGCAGUACCCCAAGCUGUGCGGCAUGACUGGCACGGCAGCCACAGAGGCAGACGAGUUUGAGAGUAUCUACAAGCUGGCUGUGGCCGAGGUCCCCACCAACCGACCUCUGCAGCGAAAGGUGAGGCCGUUGGUGAGGGCGAUUGCCACAGAGACCGACGAGGUUGAGAGCAUCUACAAGCUGGCUGGGGCCGAAGUCCCCACCAACCGGCCUCUGCAGAGAAAGGUGGGACUGGUGUUUCCAUUGUAUCAUGCAGCACAGUUUAGGAUGAAGCAAGCAAGGUGUAUGGCAAGGGAGUCUGUCGCAGCAGCAGCAGCCACAGAGGCAAACAAGCUUGCGAUUAUCUACAAGCUGGCUGUGGCGGAGGUCCCCACCAACCGGCCCCUGCAGAGGAAGGCCGACGAGUUUGCGAGCAUCUACAAGCUGGCUGUGGCGGAGGUUCCCGCCAACUGGCCUCUGCAGAGAAAGCAGCAGCAGCAGCAGCAGCAGCAGCAGCAGCAGCAGCAGCAGCAGUCACAGAGGCAGACGGGUUUUAGAGCAUCUACAAGCUGGCUGUGGCAGAGGUGCCCACCAACCGACCCCUGCAGAGAAAGUGGGCAAGUGGAGGGCAGUGGUGGCGGAUGUGAAGGGCGGCACGCAGAGGAGCAGCCAGUGCUGGUGGUCUAUCAUUCACUCCUUCCCUCUGUUGCUAUAACCUUGCUACUCGCUUUACACCAACUACAGGACGAGCAAGACGUGGUGUAUCGCACUUCAGUGGGCAAGUGGAGGGCAGUUGUCGCAGAUGUGAAGGGGCGGCAUGCAGAGGGACGGCCGGUGCUGGUGGGCACCACGUCGGUUGAAAUCAGUGAGGCGCUAUCAGCCAAGCUGAAGGAGGCUAACGUCCCCCACCAGGUGCUGAACGCCAAGCCGGAGAACGUGGAGCGGGAGGCAGAGAUAGUGGUGCAGAGCGGGCGAGUGGGGGCGGUUACAAUAGCAACCAACAUGCCUUCAUAUUUUCUCGUCCAUCCUUCCCUCCCUUCCAUUCUCCUCACCCCCUCUCCUCACCCCUUCUCCGCAAAGGUGCUGAACACCAAGCCAGAGAACGUGGAGAAUAGCAGAGAUAGUUGCGCAGAGCGGACGCGUGGGGGCGGUGACGAUAGCAACCAACAUGGUUCCAUAUUUUCUCAUCCAUCCUUCCCUCCCUUCCAUUCUCCUCACCCCCUCUCCUCACCCCUUCUCCGCACAGGUGCUGAAUGCCAAGCCAGAGAACGUGGAGAGAGAAGCAGAGAUAGUCGUGCAGAGCGGGUGCUGAACGCCAAGCCAGAAAACGUGGAGAGAGAAGCAGAGAUAGUGGCACAGAGCGGGCGAGUGGGGGCAGUGACGAUAGCAACCAACAUGGCUGGGCGGGGAACUGACAUUCUUCUGGGUGGCAAUGCUGAAUUUAUGGCCCGGCUCAAGCUGAGGGAGGUGCUCAUGCCCAGGUGCCGGCCAGUCUCUCCCCCUGUCCACUCGCCUGAAUUCACUGACGUUGUGCCGCCCAAUCUCUUCCCCUGUCCGCUCUCGCCUGACCUCACUGACGUUGUGAACGAGGCGGUGCAAGCAGCAGUGGAGGCGUGGGGGAGCAGUUCGCUCACAGCACUGGAGGCAGAAGACAGGCUGGCAUUCGCAUGUGAGAAGGUGAGAGCUGAUGAUGGGGUGGUGGGUAGGGUAGAGGGUAUGGGCGAUCGAGUGGAGUGCUCAUGGGCCAGUCACAGCAGUGAGGUCAGCAGUGCAGGCGUGGGGGAGCAGUCCGCUCACCGCAUUGGGGCAGAGGACAGGCUGGCAUUCGCAUGUGAGAAGGUGAGAGCUGAUGAUGGGGUGGUGGGUAGGCGUUAUGUUCAAAUGAGAGAAGUGCAUGGCCCCACAGCUGACCCUGUGGUGAAGCAAUUAAGGGCAGCCUUCGAGGCAGUGGAGGGGGAGUAUCGGCGAUUCUCAGUGGAGGAGAUGCGGAGGGGCCCCACAGCCGACCCUGUGGUGAAGCAAUUAAGGGCAGCCUUCGAGGCGGUGGAGGGGGAGUAUCGGCGAUUCACCGAGGAGGAGAAGCGGAAAGUGAUUGCUGCAGGAGGCCUGCAUGUGAUCGGCACAGAGCGGCACGAGUCACGACGUGUGGAUAACCAGUGUUUUGGGGGAGAGAGGAUCGACGGGCUGAUGAGGGCCUUCCAUGUGGAGGAUCUGCCCAUCGAGUCGCCGUUUCUGAACCGAGCGCUGGAGGAUGCGCAGAGGAAGGUGGAGAACUACUACUUUGACAUUCGCAAGCAGCUGUUUGAAUACGAUCAGGUCCAGUCUGUGCUAGAGGAUGCGCAGAGGAAGGUGGAUAACUACUACUUUGAUAUUCGCAAGCAGCUGUUCGAAUACGACCAGGUGCUGAACAGCCAGAGGGAGCGGUUCUACUCGGAGAGAAGGAGAGCGCUGGAGACAGAGGAUCUGGUGCUGAACAGCCAGAGGGAGCGGUUCUACUCGGAGAGGAGAAGAGCGCUGGAGACAGAGGAUCUGGAGGGGCUGAUGCUGGAGUAUGCACAGCUUACCAUGGACGACAUUGUCAAUGCAAACAUCGAUCCAUCGCUGUCACAGGAGGAGUGGAACUUCGAGGUUCUUACAAAGAAGGUCAAACAGUACUGUGCUCUGCUCACGGAUUUAUCAAUCGAUGACAUUAUCUAUCACAGCGACACUGUAGACACCCUAAGGGAUUACCUGCACCAACGCAGCAAAGACGCCUACUACACAAAGAAGGCAGAGGUAGAAUCGGCAGUCCCAGGGUUAAUGAGGGAUGCAGAGCGGUACUUUGUGCUCACUCAGAUGGAUCUUCUCUGGAAGGAGCAUCUGCAGGCGCUCAGGUUCACCCAGCAGGCCGUGGCUUUAAGAGGCUACGCGCAACGAGACCCUCUUAUCGAGUACAAGCUUGAAGGGUACAACCUGUUUCUCGCAAUGAUGGGGCAGAUUCGACGAAACGUCAUUUAUUCCGUGUAUCAGUUCAAUCCAGUCACAGUGAGUCAACCUGAGGGAGCACAACCGUCCAAGACUAGCUGA